CACCAAAAACGAACCACUUCUUACGAGGCCCGUUGCCUCCGAAAAAAAGAUCCGAGAGAGAUCUUUACACACCACUCCUAACAAGACCAACUCUCGGCGGGGAGGAAAGGAACAAUAACAUACAACAAGAGCCGUCGCCGUCUCAUUUUAAAAGAUGGGCAUCGCCUCGGUCGUCAACGCGUGCAUCCACCUGCAGAACGCGUCGCGGGCCCGGUUCGGGCUGACGUCGAUCCCCAACACAAAGUACAACCUCCGCCUGGUCCUGGCGAUGCACCGGGCCGGCCUGCUCGCGUCCGUCACGCGCGGGGGCCCGCGCCCGCCCGAGCCCGGCUUGCCGCGGGCGGCCGAGGAGGCCGAGGAGGAGCCGGUCACGUCGGCCAACGUGGCCACGCGGCGGCUGUGGGUCGGGCUCAAGUACUGGAACAACGAGCCGGUGCUGCGCAACAUCAAGCCCAUCAGCAAGCCGAGCCGGCUCGUCACCGCCACCGUGCCCGAGCUCGAGAAGGUCUCGCGCGGCUUCAGCGUCGGCCAGGUCAAGGGUCUGACCCUGGGCGAGACCUUGUUCCUGAGCACCGACCGCGGCGUCCUCGAAGUCCGGGAAGCCCUUGCGAGGAAAACGGGAGGGCUGGUGCUCUGCCGGGUUUCAUGAACGCCCCAUUUGCCCGGAGAAGAGGGGGGGGGGGGGGGGAGAACUGUUGAAGUUGUGUAUAUGGAGGUGCAGCGGGGGGGAGGGAAUCGACGGGUCUUUAUCCGUAGGUUACAAGCGGGCAGGCGAGGAGCUGUCAGUUCCGGUCCAGUGGGCAAUGGAUGGAACAUACCAGAGUGCAGAGCAAACGGCAAUGCCAAGGCAGUUUGGCAGCACUUCGCAGUGCUGGGAAGCCUGAAACUCACAGCCGAAUGUACUAUAUAUCUCUUCAUUUUUAGAGUCGUUUCUUGUGGACAAAAUUUCAAUUCCUCGAACGCUCAAACGCCUGCCUGGUGGCCAGCUAUUCUACCUUACAUGCUCCCUCGCCAACUCCCUGCUUACAAAACCUGUCAUUUUCCCACCAGGUAUCAUGGAUUUCGUCCCUUCAACAAACGCUAUGCCCCC